CGUGUGUGUGAGUUGUGCGUGCGUGCGUGCGGGCUUUGGCGCGUGAGCGGUCGUCGCCGGGCUGCGCGAGUAGCGGCGGCGCGGACCCUUCCACAGACAGCGCAAAACCGUCGCUCCGAAGAAGACGUGCGCGUGCUAGAACGCGAAGGAGUGUCGUGGUCGCCCUUCGUCGGGAUGCUGGUGCGCGAUAAGUGCGAACUUUGCUAAAGGAAAGAAGAAAAGUGGAACAAAACUUCGCUGUUUUCUCGCUUCCACUCCCUUCCGCGACUUCACUACUUUCUGCUGCCUGGAUUUACGGCGGUCCAGUUGCGGCGCUCCGGAAAGAGGAGCAGCCCUCCGUAGUCGUCGGAUGCUUGCAAACACGGGUGGAGCCUCUGGAGGCGGAGCUGCGUGGCGUCGCCGCGGCCGCGUUGACCGAUGCGGUUGAGCCAUUUCGCUCCGUCAUGCCUGCUGCUGCUGCUGCUAGCCGCGUUAGCGCCUUCGGCGCACGCCAGAUGGGCGCCAGGUUCCUGGCGAGAGCAGCGGUCUGGUUCGGCGGACGCGUCGUCCCGGUCUCUGCAUCGGCGUCACGUCGGCGCCUCGGUGUCUGGCGGCGGUGCUCCGUCUCCGAACGAUGUGCCGCUACCCACGCUGGCCACAGCGGCCACAGACGGAGCCACCAUCGACCACGUCUUUGCCGCGGAAACACUGUCUCGCAACGCCAGCAGGCCGCUGGCCAACGUGGAUGCAUCGUCCACUGCCAACAAGUCAUCGCACCAAGGUGACCGGGUGGGCCAGCCGACCGACCGCAGGUCGUCGGUGCGAGACGACCCGCUGGCGACGGCCGUGGGUUCGUCGCACCGUUCGCCGCCCUCCCACGGCUCGGACGAAGUCGUGGGCGCCCCCGCGCACCAGACCGGAGUGGGCGACGUGGAGGCCCAGUGCGCCGCCGAGCGCGAGCACGAGCACGCCGAGGGCCACCACGGCGUGACGGUGGCCAGCAUCCGGUGGAACUUCGUCAGCGUGCCGUUCGUCUUCACGGUGUUCAUCAUACUCGCCGGCUUCACCAAGAUCGUUUUUCACCACGCCAACUUCCUUUCCUCCAUUGUGCCGGAGUCAUGUAUGCUGAUUGUCCUGGGUACAAUGGUCGGUGGAAUCGCACAUGUUACGCACUCGGACUACGUGCCCAACUUCUCGCCGGACCUGUUUUUCCUCUUCCUGCUUCCUCCAAUCAUCCUGGAGUCUGCAUAUUCUCUUCACGACAGUGCCUUCUUUAGCAAUAUCGGGACUAUCCUGUUGUUCGCAGUGCUGGGUACAAUAAUAAAUGCCUUCACAAUAGGUCCAAGUUUGUAUUUUUUGAACAACGUGGGAGCCAUCGGCCUCCCGAACUUGGGUCUGCUCGAGUGCCUUGUGUUCAGCUCUCUCAUCUCGGCCGUUGAUCCCGUAGCCGUUCUAGCAAUAUUUCAAGAAGUCGGAGUCAACAAAGUAUUGUAUUUCUUAGUCUUCGGGGAGUCUCUACUUAACGACGCCGUGACUGUCGUGCUGUACAACAUGAUGGUCGCCUUUUUCGGCAGUGACAUCACGGCCAGGGAAAUUGGCGUGGGUUUCGCUGCGUUCCUGUCGGUGAGCUUAGGGGCGUCGGCGAUCGGCUGCGUCAUGGGCAUGAUCACUGCCUUCGCCACCAAAUACACGCACGACGUCAGGGUUGUUGAACCUCUGGCCGUGCUAGGCAUCGCCUAUCUGUCGUACCUCACCGCCGAGCUGGUCCAUUUCUCGGGAAUCAUCAGCAUCAUCUGCUGUGGUCUAGUUCAAGUUCAGUACGCCAUGGGAAACAUCUCGCGAAAGUCUUACACGACAGUCAAGUACUUCACCAAGAUGCUCAGCGCCGUGUCCGACACGGUCAUCUUCAUCUUCCUGGGCAUCGUGCUGGUGAACAAGCGUCACGUCUGGAACACCGGCUUCGUCGUGUGGUCGGCGGCGCUGUGCCUCGUCUACAGGUUCCUCACCGUGUUUGGCCUUACAUAUUUCGUAAAUAUGCUCGGCCGUGUGAAGAAGAUCAACCUCGAGGAACAAUUCAUAAUGGCGUACGGUGGACUGCGUGGAGCCGUGGCCUUCUCCCUGGUGAUCAUGCUGAGCGCGUGCAAGUUCCACAACUACGAGGUGUUCGUCACCACCACCCUCGUCAUCGUCCUCUUCACCGUCUUCAUACAGGGCGCCUCCGUCAAGCCAUUGGUUAACCUGCUCAAAAUACGGCUACAGCAGACUGACGGCGACAAGCUUAUCAGAGAAAUUAACAGCAAGUUGGUGGACAACAUCAUGCUAGGCAUCGAAGAAAUCACCGGUCAUCGAGGUGGAAAUUACUGGAAGCAAGUGAUGGAGCAGAUUGACGAGAAGUACCUCAAGCCGCUACUUCAGCACAAGUCGGCUCAGGACAGUCUCACGAGGGUCUACACCAAGGUGGUUCUUGCGGACCACUACGCCCACUUGUACGGCCCUGCGGCAGCUCUGGAGGAAAAUAUACCUUUGAACAUACAGCAGUCCUUCGACGAAGGCAUGCUGGAUGCCCUGACGGAGGAGCGCAUCCAAGAGGAAGUCGUGGCGGACGACGAAGAGGAGAACGCCGAGGACGAAGACCGGGGCCUGCUCUUCCACGCGGACCGCAAGCCCUCCAUCGCUCCAGUACAGAACCAGAUAGCCCCGAGGCGCGUGCGGUUCUCACGAUUCGCGGAUCAAGUACGCGCCGCGUCGCAAAGCGCCGAGGUCGGGACGGCAGAGAAGCGCAGGCACACGGUCGGGGCAAUGUUCUCGAGGUCCUUCCACCAGGACUCGGUCGAAGCCGAGGACCCAACCAAGCUCCUGGUGAAGGCACUCAACGAAAACCCCUACCACAAGUACCACCAGCGCUACAACCCGAACCUGGUGGGCGACGAGCAUCAGGAGCUGGAAGCCCACUUGCGGGCUCGCCGCCGGCGUGCUCACCGGCUCACGUUGGCCACCAUGGCCAGCGAAAUGAGUUCGGCCGAGAUGAGCGUCGAGGGCAGCCGCGGCAACCUGGCGCCGCCGUCUCCGGGUGCCACGGUGCUCAGUCCCGUGACGGUGGGACCGGGAGGGACAACGACUCCCGGCGGAGGAGGGGACGUGGCGGCCACAGUCGCCGCCGCCGCCGCACUGUCGGCAGGCGUCGAGCAGCUGGCCGACGGGCGGCCCCUGACUGCAGCGCAGUUCCGCCGCGCCUCCACGACGCUCCAGAAGAGCGCCUACACCUGGCUGAGCCUGGCCCACCGGCGCCACUCCAUGAUGCGCCGCAACAAGGCGGGUUCCGUGGACGGACGCUCGCUCAGGUCAAGCCUGAAGCUGGAGCGCCAGAGCGCAGUGACAGAAGACGUGUCGGACGACAAUGCCGAACACGCCAAGAGCGAGUCGAGCUCCACACAGGCGCAUUCUCGCGAGGGCAGCCAGUCUUUGCAGCUGUCCGUGGCACAGCAGCCAUCUGAUGUGCACGAACCCGGAGCUGAACCAGCAUCUGCUAGUGAGGACAGCAAGUCGCCCGAAGAAAAGACUAAGGAGACUUGCUUCUAGUGUACGCUGCCCAGGUCCUAACAUGCUGGAGCAAGCCUCAACAACUCUUUUGGCCACUGCGGAAAUUGCCUUCCGUUUCGGCCUAGACGGAUAACUUUUCCCAGUCUCCAGUUGGGUGUUCGCUCUAGCCUUUCUUUCAAUAUGAGGGCGACACGAGCUACCAAGGAUUUACAAUGGGCCAAGCCCUGUAAACUGGCCACACCACUUUUAUAUUAACGUGUAAGGUGCAACGGCGAGUGGGCAACAACUUCACGUACAUCAGCUGGAGCCCCUCCAUUUCCCUACACUUUAGGUACUGUGGCGACACUGAAUUCUGCCAGCUGCUAUAGAACUGGAUUUUUGUGUUUUAAGUACACGACCCUGGCAAAGGCCAUUGACGUUACACUAGCAAACAUUAUGGCAGGUCAUUGUUCUCAGGCGAGAGCAGUCUGUAUGUGAGGUCACAGGUAAAGGAAUGCAUGGCUCAUCCAACAUUUUCCAAUGUGUCAUGCUUGUGUUUAGGCUUUUCUUUUUGUUUAUGAGGCAGUAUUUUGAUGUCUACCAGGAAUCACUAGGUCUCAUUUGAAUAUGCUCAUUGUCAAUUGCUUUCAUCUUUCUCAUCCACAGAACAUCUUUCUUGUAGAGAACUUUGCCUCAAAACACAUGCAGAAGCACCAGAGGUGAUCAGGUGCUGCUCUGCAUCAUCUCCGUUGCACAAAGUUAUGGGUCAACAUUGCAAAGUUAAAGAUUGCACUUGAGCGUGAAACAACGAAUGAGUGCUGCAACAAGUUCGAUGAAAGAAAUUUUCGCGCAGUUUUGACCACCACGUAGCUCACGAAAGUUCAGCUUGAUGUCUGGGUGUCAAAGGAAGGAGUGGGAGGACAUAGCAGCUUUGCAGCUGCCGUCACCUAAGGUGUUUGUGCGAUUGUUUUGGCUUCCAGCUAACUGCAUCUUUGAAGUGGGAACUUGGCUCUGCUCCAGAGCACAGAGCUGUCACGUAGUUGUACGACUGCUCCUCUCGUGUUGCGAGGGGUGCAGUCCCCACUUCCGUUUGUUACAAACUUUAGAAAAAACCCCCUCCUCGAAGUGAAAGAGUGCAAACAGAAGCCAGGCUUCUGAUCUGGAGGACUUCGGACCACUAUGCGUGCGACAAUAUGCCUUGUUAAACUUCAUCCCAAAACCAGCGCGAGGUCUGGCGCGUCGUUUGAAACCGAACUGAAAUUGCGCACAGAGCGCGUCAUCUGCUGUAGUUCAAUCAAACUUUUUCAUAGGAGCUAGCAGAGAUCUCUCUAUAGGCUAAUUAAAACUUUUUUCAAACCUAGGAAAGAGCAUAUUUAUUGAAAGUAGAGUAUAUACAUAGUCUAUGGGGAGCAACGUGUGGUCCAACACAGAGGAAGCAGAGGCUAUCUAUAUACAUAAGAGACGCUAUCAGCAAUACCCCAGGAGGCCAGCGUUUCUGCUGGCACACAUUUCUAGGUUCCCAGGGAAGCUUGUGUUUGUGUUUGCCACCCUCCUACGUGCAUACAGUCAGUUAUGGUUAAUAAAACCCCUAUGUGCACACACACACACACAUACUUGCACAGACUGAGUAACAUUCCAAGUCAACAUUAACCCAGGUGAAAUCAGAUCAGUGGUGUGUGUCUGUGUGCAUGCAUGCCUCUACGUGCUUGUCACUUUUCAAUUUUAAGUGUUAGUUUGUUAUGUAUAUAAAAUCAUUAAAGUUUUCUAUAUACACACAA